ACCAUCCCUGCACGUAUACCAGCGGAUUUGCGGUACCAGAAAGAUUCAUCAUCUUCACACCACCGGACCAACCAACGAACAAUCCCACAUCAUAGGCUCCAGGAUAAGAUGAGGACCAUCAUCCUGUUAAUACUUGUACCGCUGACAGCAGCCACCAUGUAUCACGAUGUCUCAACACAAAAUGGACUACUAAUCAUCAAAACAGACAAAGUUCGCAUCAGGACAGGGUUUGAACGAGUAUUGCAUAAAGUCAAUCUUGAAGAUCUAAAACAGAACAUCAAUUUUAUAGAGCAUAUUUCCACUAACUUAAACAUGUCAGACCACAUAAGCCAAACGUUAAACUUCAAAUUAAAUAAAGCCAACGAGAAAUUACUAGCACUGUAUCCAAGACGCACUAAGAGAGGACUCAUAAACGCACUAGGGACCGCAAUUAAAUUCAUCUCUGGAAAUCCCGAUCAAACAGAUUUAGAUAUGAUACAUCAAAAUUUGGAAACCCUAGAAGUAAACAGCAAUAAAAUUAUAAAUAACCAAGCUAGACAAAUCCGAAUCAAUAAUUUGUUACAGGAUACAAUCAAUAAAGUUGCAAAAUCUUUAAGAUCAAUCAAACAGGAAGUAAACUCAAAACACUUAGAUUUCAAAAAUGAUUUAGAACUCAUUAAUCUGAUAUUUAAUAUUGACAUCAUCAUAAGAACACUUGAAGAUAUAGAAGAACAAAUAGCCUUUUCUAAAAAUAACUUUCUAAAUAAAAACAUUCUUAGUCCAAACGAAAAAGAAUAUAUUUGGAAAUCCCUUAAGGAACAACAACUCAACAUUAAAUUUGAGGACGAAAUUUACAAAUUCAUAGAAGCGAUUGUUUCACUGCAAAAUAACCACAUUAUAAUAAUUGUAAAGAUCCCUACAAUUGAACAGCAGGAAUAUACUCUGAUGCAGAUCGAACCAGUCAACGCAAAUGGAAACCGGAUAGACACAGCUAUUCGUUACAUAGCUGCCCAUCAACAGACGUUCUACGAGCAGAAGGAGAGAUGCUACAUUUGCGUCAACGACAAUCCAGUGAACGACGAAUGCGUAUUCAAUAUAUUGGUAAACCAGAAAGCCAGGUGUCGAAUGCACAAACAAUCAGAUCAACCGAUCGUGAAGGAGUUAAACGCAGAGACCAUCCUAAUCAACACAGAUACAGCGGUCCACAUUCUAGAUUCAUGCGGAGACUCUCGCAUAGUGUCAUCACCCACAAUAGUUGAAGCAGGCAAACCGACAACUUGGCAGCUACGACCAACCCGGGUCAUAAGUCCCAACAGAUACAGCGUUCCAGACUCCCCGGGCACUCCAAUCCGGGUGGUAAGCCCUACCACUACCAGCAUUUUCCUCAACCUUAUCCAGCUCUCCCUAAUGCCACUAUGGGGCGGCACCAUACAACAAAUCUCGAUUUUAAGGUUGCAGUUGGAGCAGACAGCAUCGAGUGGAAAGAUCGAACGUUCCGACUAUUCCAGAGGAGCGAUUCCCAAAGCAGUUCCAGAGGUGCGGAUUGACGUCAUGGCUAAAAGGCAAAACCAACCUAUCCCAAUAAAAAAGCGAAAUGAAACGACACUGGACGCAGAUCCGGGCCAUCCUCAGGAUCCACAACCUCACAUCCGCUGCGCACCAAAACCGGCGGAGCCUCACACGCCUCGUAAGAAUCCAAAUAUUCCUAGCCAUAGCACGAGUGUUCCACAAUGCCCCUCUUCAUCUCGAAGGAUAGAGACUGAGAUGAUGCACGAAAAUCGGUCACAAAUUCCGCCCCCACAAUCAAGUCAGCUCGAUAUACGAUGA